GCAAAAAUAGAAGGAUGUAACAAAAUAUUCUAAAUUUACUCAGCAAAUGUCUUCAACUUGAUCAAUUUUUAGAUUUCCACAAAAAGAUCAAUGUUAUCUUAAAAAAAGGUAUGUAUACUGGUAGUUUUUCUUGUCUGUUUGCUGUAUUAGUGCUUAUUGUUUACUUUUGUGCAGUGCUGCACGUAUUAAUAUGCUAAACGUGUGAAAAUGUAUGAGCUGUUUAUACUGUACGGGUACUGUAGUCAUGUAUUAAAUUCAUGGACACGUGUAUGAUUAGCGUUCAUCUCUAAGGAUUCCAUUUUCUAGGUUAGUAUAUUUUUAAAUGUUUCGCAUGAAUGUAAUUGUGAUUUUUGAAGUGUGUAGGGAGUCAAUGGCAAGUGUCUGUAUUAAUGAGACGAACAUCCAAAGUCAGAGAAAAUUUAUAUAUUCAAUUUAUUGAACAGGUAUUAACAUGCAAUAUUUCAAUUCAUGUUACUUUCUCUUGCUGUUGUUUUUUUAUCCAGUUGCAGACAAAAUCAUAUUUGUUGAUUAAUAUAGUCACAUGAUAGUCACAUGCAACUCUUGAGAUGCCAUAGUCUAAUGGCAUCGUCUAAUGUGUUCAGCCUCUUUUCCAUUCAUCGCAAGAGCAAGCUCACUGCAAGUGUUAUCAUCGCAGUCCUUGACUCUUUACGUUAAGAAGAUCCAAAUACUCGUAGCAAGUGCAAGAGUUGAUUUUUGUAAUGAGUGGAAGAGAGCCUCCUAUCAGGGACGUCGCUACAGGGAGGGGUGUAACACCCCCCCAAUAAUUCAAAAUGGUCAAAGUUGGUCAACCCCCAAUGCUGAUGUCUUCACGACGUCCCUGCCUCCUAUUAAUAGAAACAAGAGAGACAGUGAGAUAUUUUUCACUCCAGGAAAACAUGGAUAGUGUUGUUCCAAGAUUGUCACAACUUUUAAACAGAGAUCCGUAUCUUCAUCCUUACACGCAUGAAAUUGAGAGAAGGUAAGGAGACUGAGUCAUCAUCAGCAUUGUGUGUGUAGAGAGUGUUGUAUCACCAUCACAUUGAGCAUUGAGCACCAGUGCUAUCCCAAGUGACAAGUAGUAUUUGACAAGUAAUAUUUUGAAUUAUUUAUAUCUGUCAAAUUAUAUUGUCAAAUUAUUAAUAUCAAAUUAUUAAUAUUAAUAUUAUUAUUAAUAUUAUUUAUUCAAAUUAGAAAUAUGUAGUGUUAGACAGAUAUAAAUAGUAGGGUGCAUUGUGGUGCCAUGCAAGUCAAUGGUUAUAGUGUCUGCGCCUGAUGUAGAAUAGAGCUAUUGUAUAUUAUAUAAAGUUAAUUUUUAGUUGAGAUUUGUUGUGUGAAUAUUGAAGGUACAAGAUAUUUGAAGAGAAUCUCAGGAAGAUAGAUGAAACAGAGGGUGGUAUUGACCAGUUCUCACGAGGUUACGAAACAUUUGGACUAACAAAGCAAGAUGACGGUUUAACAUACAGAGAAUGGGCACCCGGAGCUAAAGCUGUUCAUCUGAUUGGAGAUUUUAGUAAGUUUGCACCGUCAUCACCAUCAUCAUCACCGUCAUCACCAUCAUCACCAUCACUACCAUCAUCAUCACCAUCACUCACACUACCAUCAUCAUCACCCAUCAUCACCAUACCAUCAUCAUAAUCACUCAUACCAUCUCAUCAUAAUCACUAUCACUAAUAUCAUCACUACCAUCAUCACCAUCACCACCAUCAUCACUACCAUCACCAUCAUCACUACCAUCAUCACUACCAUCAUCAUCAUUAUCACCAUCACUACCAUCGCCAUCAUCAUAAUCACUAUCACUAAUAUCAUCACUACCAUCAUCACCAUCACCACCAUCAUCACUACCAUCACCAUCAUCACUACCAUCAUCACUACCAUCAUCAUCAUCACCAUCACUACCAUCAUCAUAAUCACUAUCACUAAUAUCAUCACUACCAUCAUCACCAUCACCACCAUCAUCACUACCAUCACCAUCAUCACUACCAUCAUCACUACCAUCAUCAUCAUUAUCACCAUCACUACCAUCGCCAUCAUCAUAAUCACUAUCACUAAUAUCAUCACUACCAUCAUCACCAUCACCACCAUCAUCACUACCAUCACCAUCAUCACUACCAUCAUCACUACCAUCAUCAUUAUCACCAUCACUCACAUCAUCAUCACCAUCAUCACCACCAUCACAACGAUCAUCAUCACCAUCAAUACCAUCAUCAUCACCAUCACUACCAUCACUACCAUCAUCAUCAUAACUACCAUCGCCAUCAUCACCAUCAUCAUAACCACUAUCACUAAUAUCACUACCAUCAUCACCAUCAGCACUACCAUCAUCAUCAUCGCUACCAUCAUCACUACCAUCAUCAUCAUCACUACCAUCAUCACUACCAUCAUCAUCAUCACUACCAUCAUCAUCAUCACUACCAUCAUCAUCAUCACCAUCACCACUAUCGUCAUCAUUUCUACCAUCACCAUCAUCACUACCAUCAUUAUCACCAUCACUACUAUCGUCAUCAUUUCUACCAUCACCAUCAUCACUACCAUCAUUAUCACCAUCACUCACAUCAUCACCACCACUACCAUCAUGAUCAUCACCACCAUCAAACCAUGUCAAAGUAACCAGUACUUUUCCCUCCAUUCAAGACAACUGGGACCGUAGUUCUCAUGCAUGUUCUGUGAAUGAGUUUGGCGUUUGGGAGCUAAAGAUUCCAAAUAAACCAGAUGGCUCGUCACCAAUCGAACAUAAAUCCAGGGUUAAGGUAGGAAAAUAACAAUUUAGAACUGCUAGAUCUAUCCAGUGUAAUAAAGUUCUUUUACUAGAUUCAAAAUGGUUUUCUUCUUAGGUUGCGAUAACUAAACACGACGGCAACCAAGUUGACCGCAUUUCACCCUGGAUAACCUACGCUGCUCCGCAGUCUAACACAGAUUUGUACGAGGGAGUCCACUGGGAUCCCCCACAACCCUACCACUGGCAGAACCCUCGACCCUCAAGACCUAAAAGUUUACGCAUUUAUGAGUCACAUGUUGGAAUUGCGUCCAACAAACUAGAAGUUGCGUCAUAUGACCAUUUUUCACAGAAUGUGAUACCACGUGUAAAAGAUCUUGGUUAUAAUUGUGUUGAACUAAUGGCGAUAAUGGAACAUGCAUACUAUGCAUCUUUUGGGUAUCAAGUGACCAAUUUCUUCGCUGUGUCCAGGUGGGUUAUGGGACCUCUAGGGAGAACAGUUUAGAACUGAUAGAGCUAUCCUGUAUAAAUAAAGUUAGUUUAGUUUAGGUUUCCUCCUGUAGUAACACUGGAUCAAUAAGAGAUGAUCCUUACUGGACCUCAAGGAAGAACAGUUUAGAACUGAUAGAGCUAUCCAAUAUAAAUAAAGUUAGUUUAGGUUAGGUUUCCUUCUGUAGUAACACUGGAUCAAUAAGAGAUGUCCAGGUGGGUUAUGGACCUCUAGGGAGAACAGUUUAGAACUGAUAGAGCUAUCCUGUAUAAAUAAAGUUAGUUUAGUUUAGGUUUCCUCCUGUAGUAACACUGGAUCAAUAAGAGAUGAUCCUUACUGGACCUCAAGGAAGAACAGUUUAGAACUGAUAGAGCUAUCCAAUAUAAAUAAAGUUAGUUUAGGUUAGGUUUCCUUCUGUAGUAACACUGGAUCAAUAAGAGAUGAUUCUUACUGGACCUCUAGGAAGAACAGUUUAGAACUGAUAGAGCUAUCCAUUAUAAAUAAAGUUAGUUUAGUUUAGGUUUCCUCCUGUAGUAACACUGGAUCAAUAAGAGAUGAUUCUUACUGGACUUCUAGGGAGAACAGUUUAGAACUGAUAGAGCUAUCCAGUAUAAAUAAAGUUAGUUUAGUUUAGGUUUCCUCCUGUAGUAACACUGGAUCAAUAAGAGAUGAUUCUUACUGGACUUCUAGGAAGAACAGUUUAGAACUCAUAGAGUUAUCCAGUAUAAAUAAAGUUAGUUUAGUUUAGGUUUCCUCCUGUAGUAACACUGGAUCAAUAAGAAUUAUUCUCACUGGACCCCUAGGAAGAACAGUUUAGAACUGAUCAGAGCUAUCCUGUAUAAAUAAAGUUAGUUUAGUUUAGGUUUCCUCCUGUAGUAACACUGGAUCAAUAAGAGAUGAUCCUUACUGGACCUCAAGGAAGAACAGUUUAGAACUGAUAGAGCUAUCCAAUAUAAAUAAAGUUAGUUUAGGUUAGGUUUCCUUCUGUAGUAACACUGGAUCAAUAAGAGGUGAUUCUUACUGGACCUCUAGGAAGAACAGUUUAGAACUGAUAGAGUUAUCCAGUAUAAAUAAAGUUAGUUUAGUUUAGGUUUCCUCCUGUAGUAACCGGAUGAGCUCAAACACCUGAUUGACACAGCACAUGGUCAUGGUUUGCUGGUAAUUCUUGAUGUGGUACAUAGUCAUGCCAGUAAGAACACCAUGGAUGGUUUAAAUCAGUUUGAUGGUACCAAUGGAUGUUAUUUUCAUGACAACCCAAGAGGAUUUCACGAUCUCUGGGAUAGCCGAUUGUUUGAUUAUACACAGUAAGUAGAAUAACAUUGACCUAAAUCUCAACGAUACAAUUCCAUAAAAAUUCAAAAGGGCAAAUCCCAAAUUAUGUAAUUCUUGAAAUUUUCAGCACCUCGGUCUAGUUAUACAAUUUUUUUAGAUGGGAAGUCUUGCGUUUUUUGUUAUCGAACUUGCGAUGGUAUUUAGAGGAAUAUAAAUUUGAUGGAUUUCGUUUCGAUGGUGUCACCUCGAUGAUUUAUCAUGACCAUGGUUUGGGGCACGGGUUUGGCGGCGACUAUCCAAGUUUCUUUGGCCUGGGGGUCGACACGGAGUCUAUCACCUACCUACAGCUUGCCAAUCAUAUGAUGCACACUAUUCACCCUGAUGUUGUCUCGAUUGCUGAGGUAAAAACUAACUUUAUUUAUACUGGAUCAGUUCUAAACUGUUCUUGCUAGAGGUCCAGUAAGGAUCAUCUCUUAUUGAUCCAGUGUUACUACAGGAGGAAACCUAAACUAAACUAACUUUAUUUAUACUGGAUAGCUCUAUCAGUUCUAAACUGUUCUUCCUAAAGGUCCAGUAAGGAUCAUCUCUUAUUGAUCCAGUGUUACUACAGGAGGGAACCUAAACUAAACUAACUUUAUUUAUACUGGAUCAGUUCUAAACUGUUCUUGCUAGAGGUCCAGUAAGGAUCAUCUCUUAUUGAUCCAGUGUUACUACAGGAAGAAACUGGAAUACCUUGAGAAAACCUGCUGUGUUUGGUAGAGUCAAACUGGAAGCACUCUUCUCACAUGUGACUGAGGUGAAAUUUAUAAUGAGACAACUGGAUAUUGCAGGAAUCAAACCUCAGUCACAGAGAUGAAAGAUACAUGCACUGACCAUUGUGUCACUAAUGUUUGUCUAUAUUUUCAGGAUGUUUCAGGCAUGCCUGCACUCUGCCGUCCCAUCAAUGAAGGUGGCAUUGGAUUUGAUUAUCGUCUUGGAAUGGCCAUACCUGACAAAUGGAUAGAAGUUAGUAAACAUUUUUAAUACUGGAUAGCUCUAUCAGUUCACAGUUCUCGCUAGAGGUCCAAUAAAGAUCGUUCAAAGUGUUGCUACAGGACAUUAAAUUGUUUUUCAUUAGUUAUUAAAGAAGUGCAAAGAUGAAGAUUGGGACUUUCAGGAGUUAUACCAUACCAUGACAAACAGGCGUUAUAUGGAGAACACCAUCGCUUAUGCCGAGAGCCACGAUCAGGCUUUAGUCGGAGAUAAAACUAUCGCAUUCUGGUUGAUGGACAAAGAGAUGUAUGACUUCAUGUCAGUGACAUCUUAUUUAACUCCUAUCAUUGAUCGAGGACUGGCCUUGCAUAAAAUGAUAAGGUAUGUGUGGUGAUGAUGAUGGUGAUGGUGAUGGUGAUGGUGAUGAUGAUGAUGAUGGUGAUGGUGAUAUGGUGAUGAUGAUGAUGAUGGUGAUGAUGAUGAUGAUGGUGAUGAUGAUGAUGAUGACGAUGGUGAUGAUGAUGAUAUGAUGAUAGUGAUAGUGAUGAUGAUGAUGAUGAUGAUGAUGGUGAUGAUGGUGAUGAUGGUGAUGAUGGUGAUGAUGGUGAUGAUGGUGAUGAUGAUGAUGGUGACGAUGGUGACGAUGAUGAUGAUGAUGAUGAUAGUGAUAGUGAUGAUGAUGAUGGUGAUGAUGAUGAUGAUGGUGAUGAUGAUGAUGAUGAUGAUGAUGAUGAUAGUGAUAGUGAUAGUGAUGAUGAUGAUGAUGAUGGUGAUGGUGAUGGUGAUGGUGAUGAUGAUGAUGAUGAUGAUGAUAGUGAUAGUGAUGAUGAUGAUGGUGAUGAUGAUGAUGAUGGUGAUGAUGAUGAUGAUGAUGAUGAUGAUGAUAGUGAUAGUGAUAGUGAUGAUGAUGAUGAUGAUGGUGAUGGUGAUGGUGAUGGUGAUGAUGAUGAUGAUGAUGAUGAUAGUGAUAGUGAUGAUGAUGAUG